AAUUUCAGAGCAGCAGAAACUCGCUAACGUGAGUUCUAAAAGUGUUGUGCAGAUGUGAUUUAUUUUAGUGUUGAUUAUUAAAAAGUUAUUUUUGAUAAAGUCGCUGAGACGACUCGCGGGUCGUUGGUACUUUGGUACUAAAAGUACCAACCAACCAAGAAUCGGCCAUCUUGCAGUACAUGGAGCCGUGGUGACAGUGAUCUCUGAUCAGGCUUGUUUCAUGCGGUAAAAGCAUAAUUCUAGACUUUUGCCUAUGCGUGGAACUUAGGAAAAUAACUCCACAUCUAAUUGGGAUUUCGAGUCGUCGAGUGUAAAAAGGUAAUGGCCAUGGAGACUCCGAGGGAAAGGGAAAUCGCUGCAGAAGAUAGCAUCAGAGUAGUCUGUCGAUUUCGGCCACUGAAUGAUUCUGAGGAAAAGGCUGGCUCCAAGUUCGUUGUCAAGUUUCCCUCCGGUGGCGACGAAAAUUGUAUUUCUAUCGGGGGAAAAGUAUAUCUCUUUGACAAAGUAUUCAAGCCGAAUGCUACCCAAGAUAAAGUGUACAAUGAAGCUGCAAAAUCUAUUGUCUCAGAUGUUUUGGCUGGGUACAAUGGAACUAUUUUCGCCUACGGGCAAACCUCUUCAGGAAAAACUCAUACGAUGGAGGGAGUCAUCGGUGACCCCAACAAACAGGGCAUUAUUCCACGUAUUGUUAACGAUAUUUUUACGCACAUUUACGGCAUGGAAGAAAAUUUGGAGUUUCACAUUAAAGUUUCAUACUUUGAAAUUUACAUGGAUAAAAUCAGGGAUUUACUUGACGUGUCGAAAGUGAACCUCAGCGUUCACGAGGAUAAAAAUAGAGUACCUUUUGUGAAAGGAGCAACUGAAAGAUUCGUUUCUAGUCCUGAUGAAGUAUUUGAAGUGAUAGAAGAAGGAAAAUCAAAUCGCCACAUUGCUGUGACGAAUAUGAAUGAGCACAGUUCGCGGUCUCAUUCAGUCUUUUUGAUCAAUGUCAAACAAGAGAACUUGGAAAACCAGAAAAAGUUGUCUGGAAAGCUCUACCUUGUGGAUUUAGCUGGUUCGGAAAAGGUAUCGAAAACCGGAGCCGAAGGUACUGUUCUAGAUGAAGCGAAAAAUAUCAAUAAAUCUUUAUCGGCACUUGGCAACGUUAUUUCGGCACUCGCCGAUGGCAACAAAACUCACAUACCUUAUCGAGAUUCUAAAUUAACCAGAAUCUUGCAGGAGUCAUUGGGUGGAAAUGCUAGAACGACAAUCAUCAUUUGCUGCUCGCCAGCUAGUUUUAACGAGUCUGAAACUAAAUCUACCCUAGAUUUUGGAAAACGCGCCAAAACUAUUAAGAAUGUUGUGUGUGUCAACGAAGAACUGACAGCAGAAGAAUGGAAGCGUCGUUAUGAGCGAGAAAAGGAGAAAGCAGCUAGAUUUAAAGGUAAAGUGGAGAAAUUGGAAGCAGAAUUGGCUCGAUGGCGACAGGGUGAAACUGUUAAACCAGAAGAACAGGUCAAUCUCCAGGAGGGUCCUGAUGUCACGACUCCAAUUGCACCACCGGUUGAAGUUAAUUCGGUGGAAAUGAAAAAUAAGGAGCACGAGGCUUUAAGCGAAGAGUUGCUUGCGAAGCAAACCACUCUGAAUACAACCGCCUCAGAGUUACAACAACUGCGUGAUAUGUCUGCACAUCAGCGAAAACGUAUCGCUGAAAUGUUGACCAAUUUGCUCAAGGAUUUGUGCGAAUUUGGCGUAGCAAUUGGUGGUGACGAAAGUUUGAAGAUCUCAGCUGACAGUAAUGGCAAACUAGAGGAAGAAUUUACUGUGGCCAGACUGUACAUAAGCAAAAUGAAAUCCGAAGUUAAGAACUUGGUGCAGCGUUGUCAAGGACUGGAAUCUAAUCAGACGGAUUGCAACAAAAAGGUAAAAAUACUCAGCUACCUUCAAAUGAAGUACAAUUUUCAGGGUGGCGACUUGACCGGAGCAAGAAAAGACUUGAAAGGAUUGGAGGAAACUGUUGCCAAGGAGCUCCAAACUCUGCACAAUCUUAGGAAACUGUUCGUCCAGGAUCUUCAGUGUCGAAUCAAGAAAUCGAUGAACGCAGAAGACAAUGAAGAUGAUGGCGGUUCAUUGGCUCAGAAGCAGAAGAUUUCCUUUUUGGAAAACAAUCUGGACCAACUCACAAAGGUGCACAAACAGUUGGUGAGGGACAAUGCGGAUCUGCGUUGUGAACUUCCGAAACUUGAGAAAAGAUUAAGAGCAACAAUGGAGAGAGUUAAGGCUCUGGAAACUGCUCUGCGAGAUGCCAAAGAAGGUGCAAUGCGUGACCGUAAACGUUACCAGUAUGAGGUCGAUAGAAUUAAAGAGGCAGUGCGACAGAAAAAUUUGGCUCGCCGUGGACCUAGUGCACUUAUUGCAAAGCCGAUUCGAGCGGGCCAACACCACGUCACUGGGGUUAACGCAAUUAAACCUGGCAAUCGAGAAAACAAGAGCAAGAAUUCUUUUGCCGAUGAAAAUAAUAUAAAUUCAGACGUCAAAUUGAUUUAUAACGCGUACGCAUAAAUACCUACAUAAAAAAACAAACCCUAUAUUUAGUAAGAUUGCAGCAGACGUACAUACCAUUUACUCACAACGAGCACCGCGUCGGUUUUGUUUAUUAAAGAAGCACGUGAUGAUAUAGGUAUAUUGCGAAUAGGUAAAUUAAGUUAUUAUAAUAAGAAUACUGCAUGUCUUGUCGAAUUGUAAAUAGUGAGUUUUUAUAAAUUAUUAUUUACCGCCGUAAAUUCAUUCGUAGCAGAGCAGCAGCAACAAAAAAAGAAAUAAAAAAAAAAAAAA